GCUCAUGCACAGUUCAAAUCAGAAACUCUUCGAGUACACCUUGAUUCUCACUCAAACUUUGCACGGAAAUCACUCCUGUUAGGCAUGAUGUAAGUAAAGAACGCAAAAACCGACACACGAGUGUAAAAACCAAGAGAAGCGACAUCGCAGUCUCAGAAAACAAACAUCAUGGCCUCCGCGUCUGCUUCCUCCACGUUUUUCCAAAAGUUGGAAGCGAGAAUCGCGGCCGUCGACUCUCUCCUCUGCGUCGGCCUCGAUCCCCACGUGGGAGAGCUCGGGGACGAUCCCUCCGCCGAAAAAGCGUACGAGUUCUGUGUGAACCUGAUCGACAACACGUCUCACGUCGCCUGCUGCUACAAGCCCAACGCGGCCUUUUUCGAGCAGUUUGGCAGCAAGGGCUGGGAGCAGUUGGAAAAAGUCGCGGAGAAAAUUAACCAGCUGCAAAUCCCGAUCAUUUUCGACUGCAAGCGCGGGGACAUCGGCAGCACCAGUGCGGCGUACGCCAAGGGGAACUUUCUGGUCGGCGAAGCACUGACGAUAUCCCCCUAUCUGGGCGGGGACGGGGUCGCGCCGUUCACGGAUUCGAGGGAGAAGUCCGCGUUUGUGCUGUGCAAGACCAGCAAUCCGGGAAGCGACGAUUUGCAGACGCUGGAAGUGGAAAUCACGAUCGGCGCGGGGCCGGAGGGUCCGCAGUCCGGCAGCAUUCCCUUGUACAUGCAGGUGGCCAGGUUGUGUGCCGAAAAGUGGGGAAAGGAAUUCGGGAACAUCGGCGUCGUAGUGGGGGCGACGGACGUAUACUGAAUUUGCGAGUUUUUAGAUUCAGCACGGAUCAAUGUGGAAAAUAUUGAUGUCUGUGGACGAAGCAAGCUGAAUGUACUAGAGAAAUGUGCGAAAAAAAUCGUAGUUUUUGCUCCAUGAUUCUGCAUCAGGUUGACGCGCUCGCGAAGAUCCGAAAAAACUACCCAAGUCUUUGGUUCCUGAGUCCGGGCAUCGGUGCGCAGGGCGGGCCGCUAAAAGAGGCGUUGGAAGCUGGUCUGAAUCGAAACGGGACGGGAAUGAUCAUUCCAAUUUCUCGCGGCAUCUCCAAAGCGAGUGACCAGAAAGCAGCGGCGGAAGACUUCCGAGACCAGAUCAACAAGAUUAGAAGAGACAAGGCGAACUGAAAACAGUUGGAGCCAUGAAUAUUUAAUAUUUCUCAUUUUUCCACAUGCGCGGGGUGUUUUAACUUAUCAUCUGCUCUAAUUCUAAAAGAUUUCCGCUCCGAUAGCAGAUGAACAUGAGCGACUUCAUGCUCAUUGCUACGACAGCCCCGAGCAUCUCGAUCUCCUGUUCCGGUUUAAAGCACAGAAUAAAAGAAGGUGAGAGCAAAAGGCACACUAUGUCAAAAGUCAC